AUGGCUGCGGAACAAAUUCUUGUUAAUGGGGUGACUGAAAUCAUUAAGAAGAUAUUACCUGUUAUUACUCAACAUAUUACUCUGGCAUGGGGUGUAAAAGACGACUUAAGAAAGCUUAAGGAUACCUUGGAGUCGAUUCAAGCUCUGAUUACUUCUGCUGAGGAAAAACAAGUAACCGAAGCUACUGUCGGACUUUGGUUGAGAAGGCUUAAAGACGUCGUUUACGAUGCAGACGACGUUAUGGAUGAGUUCGCUUAUGAAACCAUGCGUCGUCAUGCAGUGGGAGGCCAAUUUAAACUGAAAGUACGAGCUCUUGUUUCAUCCUCCAAUCCACUUGUACUUCAUUUCACGAUGGCCCGUAAAAUUCGAGCCAUUUAUCAAAGGUUAGAUCAGAUCUACAAAGACAGUAAAAUGUAUCAGUUGCAAAAUACUAGUAUUACCCAAGACAACCUGACCAUGGUUUUGCGAAGUAACCGAUUAACCUCAUCAGCUGGUGGUGAUUCGGUAUUUUUGGGGAGGGAGGAUGCAAAACUAGACAUAAUAAAGAUAUUAAUUAACAAGUCAUCAUCAUCUGGGGUUUCUUCUCAAUCAGAGACCGUAUCCACUUUAUCCAUAGUGGGUAUGGGUGGACUGGGUAAGACUACGGUAGCUCAAAUGGUCUAUAAUGAUGACUCCGUCAAGAGAAACUUUGAGGCAAGAGCUUGGAUCUGUGUCUCUGAUCCUUUUGAUACCUUUGAGAUUUUAAGAGGUAUGAUCGAGUCCAUUACUAGAGUAAAUUUUGUAAAACCAUCAAACGUAGACGUACUAGCAAACGAAGUCAAGGAAAAAUUGAUUGGUACGAAGUAUUUGCUGGUACUCGACGAUUUGUGGAAUGAGGAUACCGAAGAUUGGGGGAAAUUGAAAAGUUUCCUUGACUGUGGCGGGUUGGGUAGCAAAAUAUUAGUCACUACACGCAAUCGAAAGGUUGCUUUUUGUGUUGGAGGUGCAGUUUACGAUUUGAAAAAAUUAUCAAGUGACGUUUGCUGGUCCAUUAUUGAGAAGAAAUUGUUGUCCCAGGGCGGAGCAGUAUUGACUCCAGAAAUGACAAGUAUUGGCAAGCAUAUAGCGGAAAAAUGUGAUGGCUUACCCCUUGCGGCGAACUCACUUGGAAGUUUAAUGUGCUCGAGAAGAGAUGAAAGCUAUUGGCUGUCAAUAGUAGACGACAUCAAUCGUUUGCGAGGUACAUCUGAACAUAAAAAAGUCAUUUCGAUAUUAAAAUUAAGCUAUGAUAAUUUAUCUUAUCCGUUGAAACAAUGUUUUUCAUAUUGUUGUAUUUUCCCAAAAGACUGGAAUAUAAAUAGAGAUCUGUUAAUUCGAUUAUGGAUGGCAGAAGGAUUCCUUUUGCCAUCUGGUCGAGGAGAUAAUAUAUCAUUGGAAGAUAUAGGAAAUGAAUAUUUCGAGGAUCUGGUAUGGAGUUCAUUUUUUCAGGAUGUGCAGAAGGAUGAAGAAUCAGGUGACAUUAAGACAUGCAAGAUGCAUGAUAUGGUGCAUGAUCUUGCAGCGAGUGUUCAGGAUUGUCAUGAAUUCGGAAUUGUAAAGGUAAGAGAUGGGAUAAAAGAAGUUUCAGAAUUUCGUCGAUUACAACUGCUAUUAGAUAAAAGAUCAUUGGAGCCUCCUAAAGUGUUACCGAAUGCGAUGAAGUUGCGUACUAUUGUCGUUGUUGAACCAGAAAAUUUUCCGCAUAUUAAUUCCUUCUUUGGUUAUAAGCGUUUACGAAUAUUAUGUCCUCUAGUUCGCUGGCAUGGCUGGCGUAUGUGCUCACUCUCUUGUGGUCUUGAGUUUUGCAAAUUAUGUGGUGCCUUUUCGAUGUCUAAGCUGAAGCAUCUGAGGUACAUUGACCUCUCAUACAUCGAUUCACUUGGUGAGGUAUCUUUAAAUCAUUCUUACAAUCUGCAAACACUUGUACUGAUUGCGUGCAAAAAUGUUCCGAGCUGGCUUCUUAAUGAAAUUGGAUCUUUGAAGAGUUUGAGGCAUGUUAACAUCUCCAGUUCGAAUGUUAAACAUAUACCAGAAAAUAUUGGGUCCUUGGAACAUCUAAGUUGCCUUGAUCUUUCAUUUACAGAAAUCCCUAAGUUACCAGAUUCAAUCACCUGUAUCAGCAGUUUAAGGACGUUGGAGUUCAUAGGUUGUCGGAAUUUAGAUGCCUUGCCUAGAGAGCUAGGCGCACUGACACGAUUAAGGUGUCUUGAUUUGUGUGGUACAAAGAUUGAAGAAUUGCCUGAAUCAUGCAUUAGCAACCUCUGCAAUUUGGAGAUAGUGAAACUAGGAAGAGUUUGUGAACUUCCCAAAGAAAUAAACAAUUGGCCAAAAUUGAGAAUUUUUACCCAUGAGAGAAAAGAUGGCAAAAUGCCUAGAGGUAUAGAAAGGCUAACUUGCCUUGAAACAUUAAAGAAUUACAAUGUUAGAAUAGAAAAUGAGAUCUGCGGAAGUCCCGGUAAUAAUAAUGGCAUUGAAGAGUUGGCAGGCUUAAACUCCCUUCAGGUGUUAAAGAUAAGAAAACUUGAGAAUGUGAGAGAUGGAAAAGAAGGCGCAGAAAAAGCAAAGUUAAAAGACAAGCGACACCUUCGGGAAUUGAAUCUUUCUUGGGGUUCCACUAGUGAUGAUGAAGAUGUGCGGAAAAUCAGAAGUUUGAAGGAUACUGCGGUGUUGGAGGGUCUCCAGCCUCCCCCAAAUUUAAAAGAAUUUUCUAUAAAAGGAUUCUCAGGUGUAAAGCUACCGAAAUGGAUGAUGGGUUGUUCAUUAUCAAACUGUCUUCCGAAUUUGGUGGAAUUAAAUUUGUACAAAUUGAACAAUUGUGAGAAGCUUCCAGCGCUAGGUAUGCUCCCAUUUCUGAGGACUCUUUGGAUUAUUGAAAUUGAUUCAAUCAACACUCUGGGUGAAGAAUUUUACUAUCAACAAGAAAACAGUAGUAGCAGUAAUACUACUACAAAGAGAUCCUCAUUAUUCCCUUCGUUAGUUGAAUUGCAUAUCGGUUUGGAAAACCUAGAGGAAUGGGUUGCUCCUCCUUUAUCUUCUUCUUCUUGUUUCCCUUCACUUGAGCAGCUGAAUAUCAUCGGUAACUGUAAAAGAUUGAGAAGCAUACCAAUAAUUUUGUUUUCUUCUCUUAAGGAAUUGGGAAUAUGGGGUAUCAACGAUAAUGCAGUGAACUCAUUACUCUGUAGAGGAGAAGGAUAUAUGCCCUCUCUCACAUCCAUUCGGAUAUGGGAUUCUCCAGAUUUAAUAUAUUUACCACCAUUGGGUGUACUAGUCCAACACAAUACUCCUCAUCUUCAAGAACUAUAUAUUAGUGAGUGCUCUAAUAUUCAAGGUUUUCGUGAUGAUGAUGAUCUAAACAACAGCAACAGUUAUUUUCAAUUGUUGUGGUUAGAUAAGUGCCCUGUCUUGAUGUCUCUACCGGAUUUACGAUUAUUCACUUGUAUUCGGUCAUUGCAUUUCGAAGAUUGUCCUGGUUUGACGUCUCUACCAGAUUUACGAUUAUCUACUUCUCUCCGGAUAUUACUGAUUUACGGAUGCAACAAACUGAAUAAGGAAUCAAUUCCGUAUGAUCUUAAGGAAUCCCUCACGUUUCUUGAAGUUCUUAAAGUUGAUUUCAUUGAAAGAGACGAGCUCGGUCGGGAUGUAUCUAGUGCAUAUGCCUUAAUUAAUUUGAUGAAGAAGGAAUACUAGAUCUGCUAGUUCCUGGCCAGCUUCUUCUAUCACUACCAACAGCAAUGCAUUUAAAGCCUUGAAAUUCCAUGGAGGUUGGUCUCGAGCUGUAAUUCUAACUUGGGGAGGUUUUUUAAGCAAAGGAACUCUCCUUUGACUAUCAACAAGCAAUUCCUUUGUAAGCGUAAAGCAAUUCUGCAACAAUCAAUUCCCUCUUAAGCUAUUUUAACUCUCUAGUGAAGAUCUUCUUUUAAUAAAGCGCAGAGAAGCCUUUCUUUAGCUUUGGUAUCGAAGCAAAACUCUGGUUUUGACCCACUCCUUUGUAAUGAGGUUGAAAUAUGGCAUCACAUUUAUUAUUUGAAAAACUUUGCUAUAGGCAAGGGGGUGUAUACAUAAGUAGUCAUUUGUUUGAUAGUAUCAUUUUCCUUCGAAGAAGUUACUC